GACUGCAUGGAGGAGGCUGAGGCUCAGAGGAAGAAAGACUCGGGGCACAGGAACAGACUAAAGGACUUGCAACAACCGUUAACAAGCUUUAAACAAACAAAACAAGGCUAGACUACACCAGUGUUGACCCCAGUGGAUUUUUAUUCCCCUUCAUGGAUAUCUCUUACACCACCAGACUUCAGGGAUUGUAACUUUGUCUCUGCUUCCUGUUGUUGUGGUCGUUCUGUUUCUCUCUAGGACCAGUUGGCACUUUUGGAUCCUAGCUGCAGGGCUCCCAGAUGUUAGUUCACCCUUACUCCGCCAUGGAGCGCCGGGAUGGACUGCAGGGGGCCGGAGCCGGCGGCCGACUUUCGCAGCUUUCCUCCCUUAAUCAGGCAGCUGCCUACAGUUCGGCUCCACCGCUAUGCCAUACGCCUGCAGCCGAUUUCCAGCCACCCUACUUCCCCCCACCCUACCCGCAGGCCGCACUGUCCUAUUCCCAGGGCCAGGAUGGUGGAUACCCGCACCUGAGUGACCCAUACUCCAGCAUCAACCCUAUCCACCAGCAUCAACAACAGCACGCCUGGCACUCACAGCGGACCCGUCAGGAGGAGGCAGCAGGGCUGCUGGGCCAGUCUCAUCGGGCACUGAGUCUUGACCACAGACGGGAGUACCCCACAGUGCCUCAUCUCUUGCACGGCCUCGGGGACGGGGGACAUGGGCUGGGCGAGGGUUCCUUGACACUUCACAGCAUCGGAGGACAUCAUACGAUUGAUGACAUGCAGGUUGUAGAUGAAACUUCCAUGAGUUUGCUAGAUCAGUCUGUCAUCAAGAAAGAAAAUCUUCCCAUGCAUAAGCAACAAAGAACCUUUUUCGGAGUAAAAUAUCCACUGGCAUUGCCAGUUCCCUCCAAAGCAAAUGGUACCACAAUAUCUUCCCUAUCUAUAAACAAAGAUGGCCUAAUAGGCGGGGUGACAAACCCAAAUGAGGUGUUUUGUUCUGUCCCUGGGCGCCUCUCCCUCCUAAGUUCUACAUCCAAGUACAAAGUGACUGUUGGUGAAGUGCAGAGAAGAUUGUCCCCACCAGAAUGUCUCAAUGCCUCCCUUCUGGGAGGAGUAUUAAGGAGGGCAAAAUCCAAAAAUGGUGGAAGGUGUUUACGAGAGAGGUUGGAAAAAAUAGGGUUAAAUUUACCAGCAGGGAGACGCAAAGCAGCAAACGUCACUUUACUCACAUCCCUUGUAGAAGGGGAAGCUGUGCACUUAGCUCGAGAUUUUGGCUAUGUAUGUGAAACAGAAUUCCCAGCAAAAGCAGCAGCGGAAUACCUAAGUCGUCAACAUUCUGACCCUAGUGAACUGCAUACCAGGAAAAACAUGCUUCUGGCUACCAAACAGAUUUGCAAAGAAUUUUCUGACUUGUUAGUGCAGGAUCGAUCACCGAUAGGGAGCAGCCGUCCAACAACAGUACUGGAUCCAGCCGUACAAAGUUGUUUGACCCAUUUCAGCCUGAUAACACAUGGGUUUGGAAGUCCUGCAAUCAGUGCAGCACUCACCGCCUUCCAGAACUACCUGGUUGAGUCACUAAAAGGGCUUGACAAAAUGUUCAUGACUAGCACAGGAAAUGGGCACGCUACUGGAGAACCAGGGACAAAAUCAGAAAAGGAUAUCAAACAUCGAAAAUAACCAAAACCCUUUGUAGAUCAAAACUGCAAAUACAAGAGAGAAAAAAAUGCAGGUAUUGAAAAUCAAAAUAAAAGAUAUAUAAUUGCAGACUACCAAGUUUUAUAACGUGCAAUUUCACUUGGGAUGAAACUAAAAGCAAAAAGGUACAGAUUCAAAAGUAACCCCCAUGAAAAAGUAAAAUAGAAACAAGUCCCUCAGCAAUGUGAACUCAGUAACUAUGAACUCGGUAAACAACCUGAGACAGAGUAAACAUGUUUUUACCUUUACGGAAAUUAUGCUGUAAAUUAAAGAUAAAAACUCAAAAUGCACUGGUUUAACUUCAAAGCAAAAGGCACAUCUUUUAGCUCAAUCCCAGGAAAUAGUCUUCAUCUUAAAAAAAUAAUAAUAUAGAUGAAAGGUGAAGCUGUGCAAAGGAAGCAAAUAUGGUGGUAUAGUUUCCCUUUCUGAUGGUACGUGAUUUUCAUGGAUGCCUUAUAGAACGGAUGAGUGUGGAUAUAACUCUGACAUCUGUGGAGUUUGGAAAAUGGGACAGUUUAUCACAAAUUAUGUUUCCACACAAAUGAUGACUGUAUCCUCUGUUGAACCUAAUCCUGGGUGAGAACUGCCAUCAUGACAGCACAGGGUUUGAUAAGCACAAGGUGAAGAACAUUAACAGGCCAAACUGAACUGAACUGUUCUAAAUCUGUAUAUAUUUAUUUAUGUGUAAUUAAAUCUGAAAGUUUUAACAUGUCCAGUGUGAGUUAUUUAUAUCAAAUUCAGUUGAGACUUGGAAUCUGUAAAUCUCUGGAUUAUUUCCUUCCUUUUUAUUAAACAUUUAAAUGAGUUUCAGGUACAAAAGAUACAGUAACAUUGGCUGUAGGGUAUCACAACAUGUUGUUUUUCCAACAUUUUGUACUUGUUGUUUCUCUUAUAAUUGCAAUAGCUGUAUAAUACAAGAAAAAAUGUCAUUUUCAUGGUCAUAAUAAACCUCUUUUUAUUUUAACAAUUGAAAAA